AGAAAUAAGAAAAAGAAAGAGUGACAGAGACACUGACAGAGAAGGACUUUCCAAUUAAGAAAAUCUGCAGACCCAGGACAGUCCACUCAACAAGGAGUGAGGCUGUGCUGCUGGACUACAUCUUCUUCAGAGUUCCUGGUGUCAAAUGGACAUUACUAGAGGUGAAAGUUCAAGGGUCAGCUAUAACGGUAGUGUGAGAAUGUCAACCAGGCCUCUUCUUCUCAUCCUGGGAAUCGCUGCAGUUACAGCUCAAGACAACUAUGAGUGGACCACGUGGUUCAAUGUUGAUCACCCCGGAGGCCGUGGAGACUAUGAGCAGUUGGAGGCUAUUCGCUUCUACUACCGUUCCCGAGUGUGUGAGACUCCCCGGGCACUAGAAGCCAGAACCACCGAGUGGGUCCCUGCUCGUGAAACUGGAGAGAAGGUCCAUGCAGACCCCACUGUGGGCUUUUGGUGCCUCAAUGAAGAGCAAGGUCCAGACCAUAACUGCUCCAACUAUGCAGUCCGCUUCCUCUGCCCAAAAGAUAACAGCAUGAACAUCCAGGAUAACUGGGGUCCAUGGUCAGACUGGAGCCCGUGCCCUGCUCUUUGUGGUCAAGUGGGGGUCCAAAUUCGCUCCAGAAACUGCCAAUACCGUUCGAUGCAUUGCAGCGGGCCUAAAAUAGAAGGAAAAGCAUGCCACGGACCUAAGUGCCCAGUGACAGAUUGCCCCCUGCAUUGUGUGAUGGGGAAGGUGAAUGCUGAAUGUGAUGCGUGCAAGUGUGAAGAGCAUAUCCUGCUGGGGUCAGUCCGUGGUGCUGGUGGUCUUACUGCUGAAGGGGCUACAAUCCUUCGGUCUGGCAAACUCAUCACCCUCACUGACCACAACGGACAUUUUCGCAUACCCGGUAUCUGUCCUGAUGGCAACACCACCCUGACUUUCAGCCUGCAGGGUCAUGCACCCUUCAGUGUUGUUGUGCCCCACAGCACUGAGCGUACCUCAGUCCUCAGUGUCCAGCUGAAAAGAGCAGAGAAGCUUCAUGUGUUGAGCAACCCUGAGAGCAAGGCCAGAAGGGAGGGACAAACUGCUGCCUUCUGCUGCAAGGUGGCAGGCAAGCCACAGCCAGACAAGUACCAAUGGUUUCAUAACAACAGUCUUCUAGAAAAGCAGUCAGAGAGCACCUUGGUUCUAAAAGAUCUGCAUCCUCAGAGCGCUGGGGAGUACUACUGCAGAGCAAGUGGUCCGUCUGGGUCCAUUAAGACCAAACCAGCUACUCUCAAAGUUUUAGGUAAAGAUGACCAUUCGUGUAACCCAAAGCCUGAUUCUCACCUCAUCCGCCUUCCACAUGACUGUUACCAAAACAGCACAAACUCUUUCUACUAUGAUGUGGGCAGGUGCCCAACAAGUACAUGUGCUGGGCAGCUGGACAAUGGCAUAAGGUGCAAUGACAAAGUGGCUUACUGCUGUGGUGUGGCAAAGAUGGAGGAGAGACAGUUAACAUGCCAGGGCCACCAACUGCCCACCAUGGUGGUAACUGAAUGUGGCUGCCAGAAAUGUGUGGACACCAAGGCUGUUGUGCAUGGUAGGGCUAUUGCUGCUGACAACGGUGAGCCAAUGAGGUUCGGCCAUAUCUUUAUGAAUGGAGUCAGAAUCAGCCGCACAGGUUACAAAGGUACCUUUUCUAUCCAAGUUCCUCCUCAAACAGAGAGGCUAGUCCUAACUUUUGUGGACAACAUGCAGAAAUUUGUUAACACCACAAAGGUACUUCCAUUUAAUACCAAAGGAGGGGCUGUUUACCAUGAGAUCAAACUUCUCAGAAAGAAAGCUCCUGUGACCAUUAGUUCCACUGAAACCAACACUCUGGAGCUUGGGGAAGUAGAGGGCCAAGAGCCAAUGGUUCAAAUCCAGAUUCCUCCCAAUUCCUUCUACAAGGAGAAUGGAGAAGUAUACAUGGGUAACAUAAAUGCUAGUGUAACUUUUCUUGACCCCCGAGAUGUCUCCACAGCCGCUGCAGCACAAAGUGAUCUCAACUUUGUAGGGAAUGAAGGAGAUACCCUACCACUGAGAACCUAUGGGAUGUUCUCAGUUGACUUUAGGGGUGAGGAAACAAAUGAGCCCCUGAAUGCAGGUGAGGUUAAAGUAUUUCUGGACUCUGCCCAGGUGACGAUGCCUGAGCACCUCAGUACUAUGAAGCUGUGGUCACUGAACCCUGAUACUGGCCUGUGGGAGGAGGAGGGAAGUCUGCAGGUGGAGAAGAAAAGGAGAGGCAAAAGGGAGGAGAGAACCUUUCUGAUAGGCAAUAUGGAGAUCAGAGAGAGACGUCUGUUUAACCUAGACGUCCCAGAAAACCGCAGGUGUUAUGUGAAAGUGAGGGCCUUCCGCAGUGAACGCUUCAUGCCGAGUGAACAGGUGGAGGGAGUUGUAGUGAGUCUCAUAAAUAUGGAGCCCACCGCUGGCUACUCCUCUAAUCCACGUGCUUGGGGCCGUUUUGACAGUGUCGUCACAGGCUCCAAUGGUGCUUGCCUUCCUGCCUUCUGUGAUGAACAAAAAGCUGAUGCCUACUCUGCAUAUGUUAUGGCCAACCUUGGAGGAGAGGAAUUGGAGGCUGUCGCUUCAGCUCCCAAAUUCAAUCCCAACUUCAUUGGAGUACCUCAGCCCUACCUGAGUAAGCUGAACUACAGACGGACUGAUCAUGAAGACCCCAGAGUGAAGAAGACAGCAUUCAGCAUCAAUGUGGCAAAACCAAGUCCAAACACCGCUGAGGAAAGUAAUGGACCAGUGUAUUCAUUUGAGAACUUGAAAGAAUGUGAGGAGGCCCCAUUCAGCGCUGCACACUUUCGCUUCACAAGAGUAGAAGGGGAUCGCUACGAUUACAAUACAGUGCCAUUCAAUGAAGAUGAUCCAAUGAGCUGGACAGAGGACUACUUGAGUUGGUGGCCCAAGCCCAUGGAAUACAGAGCCUGCUACAUAAAAGUCAAAAUCAACAGUCCACAUGAGAUCAAUGUGCGGUCCCGCAACAUGGGUGGCACCCACCCCAAGACAGUAGGCCAACUGUAUGGCCUCCGAGACACUCGAAGUAUUCGUGACAUGGACCAGGCAACAGUGUCUGCUGUGUGUCUGGAGUUCAAGUGCAGCGGGAUGCUGUACGAUCAGGAACGUGUGGAUCGUACCAUAGUGAAGGUGAUUCCGCAAGGUAGCUGUAAGCGAGAUCAAGUGAACACAAUGCUUCAGGAGUAUCUGGUCAACCACUUGCCCUUAGCUGUCAACAAUGACACCAAUGAGUUCACCAUGCUAGCACCUCUUGACCCUCUGGGCCAUAACUACGGAAUCUAUACAGUGACGGACCAGGAUCCCCGCACAGCCAAAGAGAUUGCACUUGGACGCUGCUUUGAUGGAACCUCUGAUGGUACAUCCCGUGUCAUGAAGAGCAACGAAGGUGUGGCACUGACAUUCACUUGUGGAGAUAAAGAGGUGACACGCCAGAGUGUCUUCCAGGCCCUGCAGAAUUCUCAAGGUCAGACAGUAACAAGUGUGGUGAGAGGAGAAGGCAGGCAGAACCGACGCCGGCAGGGGUCCAAUGUUGCCCGCAGUAGUCGUAGACGCAGUACUAGAGAUCCUACAGGAAGACGCACACAGACCAAAAGCUAAACAUAACACUGAAGGUCAGGGCCCCAUAUGGAGACCAAAUCAAUGAUGAUAGGAGUGGGUAACUUUAACAUUGUUUUGAUAUACCUUUUAUAUUGACUUUUUUUUUUUUUUUACAAAUUAAGUAAAUCUGUAAUUAAACAGUUAGGCCCAUUUCUUCUAGCUUCUAUCCAAGAAUUGUCUGCAUUGUUUUUCCUUACAUUUUAACUGUACUGUGGUGAAUAUUUACUUGAAACUGUAAAUAGAGUAUUUAUUACACAUACCUUUAAAAAUCAGU